AUAAUUAAGUCCUUGGCCUCGCGUUUGAAUUGAAGGAUGAAAACAUUCAACAUUCUGUCAAAACCCCCAAAGUACAUAGGAGGAUCCGGACUGCCGGAGGGGCUCCCGUUUCCUCUCUCUGUGUGACUUGCGAACAAUCAACCAUGACGACCGAAUCCGGCUCAGACUCAGAAUCCAAGCCAGAGCAGGAGGCCGAGCCCCAGGAGGCAGCGGGGGCGCAGGGGCAAGCCGGGGCGCAGCAGCAGGGGCCUGAGCCCAGCGGUGAGGACCAGCAGCAGGCUCUGGAACAGUUCGAGGGCGCGGCACACAGCACCCCCGUGAGGAAGGAGGUCACUGACAAGGAACGGGAGUUCGCUGCUGGGGCUGCAAAACAGCUCGAGUAUCAGCAAUUGGAAGACGAUAAACUUUCUCAGAAAUCAUCUAGCAGUAAACUAUCUCGAUCUCCAUUAAAGAUUGUCAAAAAGCCUAAAAGCAUGCAGUGCAAAGUGAUACUUCUGGAUGGAUCAGAAUAUAUCUGUGACGUGGAGAAACGCUCCAGAGGCCAAGUGCUCUUUGAUAAAGUAUGUGAACAUCUGAACUUGCUAGAAAAAGACUAUUUUGGGCUUACGUAUCGAGAUGCCGAAAACCAGAAGAAUUGGCUGGACCCUGCUAAGGAAAUAAAAAAACAGAUUCGAAGUGGUGCUUGGCACUUUUCAUUUAAUGUGAAAUUUUACCCACCAGACCCCGCCCAGCUCUCUGAAGACAUCACCAGGUACUACCUCUGCCUACAGUUGCGAGAUGACAUCGUGUCCGGAAGGCUGCCCUGCUCCUUUGUCACCCUGGCCCUGUUGGGCUCCUACACUGUCCAGUCAGAACUUGGAGACUAUGACCCAGAUGAAUGCGGGAAUGAUUACAUUAGUGAGUUCCGCUUCGCCCCAAACCACACGAAAGAACUGGAAGACAAAGUGAUCGAGCUGCACAAGAGCCACAGAGGAAUGACGCCAGCAGAAGCAGAGAUGCAUUUCUUGGAAAAUGCCAAAAAGCUGUCUAUGUAUGGGGUCGAUUUACAUCAUGCCAAGGAUUCUGAAGGAGUAGAAAUUAUGCUAGGAGUUUGUGCGAGUGGUCUGUUGAUAUAUCGUGACCGACUGAGAAUAAACAGAUUUGCCUGGCCUAAGGUUCUAAAAAUUUCAUACAAACGGAACAACUUUUACAUUAAGAUCCGGCCAGGAGAGUUUGAACAAUUUGAAAGCACCAUCGGGUUCAAGCUGCCAAACCAUCGAGCUGCCAAACGUUUAUGGAAAGUAUGUGUUGAACAUCACACAUUUUUCAGACUGUUGUUACCAGAAGCACCUCCAAAGAAAUUCCUUACCUUGGGCUCCAAGUUUCGUUACAGUGGCAGGACGCAAGCCCAAACGAGAAGAGCCAGCGCGUUGAUAGAUCGUCCUGCCCCUUACUUCGAACGCUCAUCCAGCAAACGCUACACCAUGUCUCGCAGCUUGGAUGGAGCGUCAGUGAAUGAAAACCAUGAAAUAUACAUGAAGGAUUCUGUGUCUGCUGCAGAGGUUGGUACUGGCCAGUACGCCACAACAAAGGGCAUCUCUCAGACCAACUUGAUCACCACUGUGACUCCGGAGAAAAAGGCCGAGGAGGAACGGGACGAGGAAGAGGAGAGACGGAAGAAGGCAGAGGAAGCCACGCCGGUGGCCGCAGUACGGCACGAGGGAAAGACCGACAGUGAGCGCACGGACACCGCGGCCGAUGGGGAAACCACCGCCACUGAGGAGCUAGAUAAAACUCAAGAUGACCUGAUGAAACAUCAAACCAAUAUUAGUGAGCUGAAAAGAACCUUUUUAGAAACCUCCACAGACACUGCCAUCACAAACGAAUGGGAGAAGAGGCUCUCCACCUCCCCAGUGAGACUAGCCGCCAGGCAGGAGGACGCGCCCAUGAUCGAACCGCUUGUACCCGAAGAGAAAACGGAAACCAAGACGGGGCCCAGCAAAACAGAGCCGGAAACAAGCCAGCACCCCCAGUCACUUAGCGCCGAGAAGGUUGUGCAGGAAACCGUGUUGGUGGAGGAAAGACAUAUCAUGAAUGUGCAUGCGAGUGGGGAUGCUUCUUACGCAGCUGGAGAGGAUGUGGAUGCUGCAGCACAGGCAGCAUCUGCUGAUGCUUCUGGCUUGAAAGGGAAGGAGGGCUCGGCCCUGACAGAGGGGGCUAAAGAGGAAAAGGGGGAGGUGGCUGGCAAAGCUGUCCUCGAACAGGAAGGAACGGCCACUGCUUCCCAUGAGUCAGAGGAGGAGCAGAGUGCAGCAACCCACGUUUCUGAAACUUGGGAACAAAAACCUCAUUUCGAGUCAUCGACUGUGAAGACAGAAACCAUCAGCUUUGGCAGCGUUUCACCAGGAGGAGUAAAGCUCGAAAUUUCUACCAAGGAAGUGCCGGUAGUUCACACAGAGACGAAAACCAUAACAUACGAAUCCUCACAGGUCGAUCCGGGUGCCGAUUUGGAGCCGGGUGUGCUGAUGAGCGCACAGACGAUCACGUCUGAAACCACCAGUACCACCACCACCACCCACAUCACCAAAACUGUGAAAGGAGGCAUUUCAGAGACGAGGAUUGAGAAGCGCAUCGUCAUCACGGGAGAUGCGGACAUUGACCACGAUCAGGCUCUGGCUCAGGCAAUUAAAGAGGCCAAAGAGCAGCACCCUGACAUGUCAGUGACCAAAGUAGUGGUCCAUAAAGAGACCGAGAUCACACCGGAAGACGGAGAGGAUUGACCCCAGGAAUAACUUAGCCUGCACAUGAAUCCAGUCAUGCAAACCAUUAGGAAAACCAGAGCCUAUAUGGAGUCCCCUCUUCUAACCCAACUGACUUGUAUCUGCCCAUGGAAAAUCUCAAUCCGGAAGAACUGACCUUGACCAUUAACAAAGACACUGGCAGAGAGAUCUUCCCAUAAUAAAGCAAUCCGAAUCAGCAUCACGAAACUGAUAUUGCAUGAAGCAACGAUAAAACUACAAAAAGAGUAGCAUUUUUAAUUUCCACCAAGUGUCUAAGUUUUCAGCUAUACCUGCACGUUCAUAACCAACAAUAUAAACCGUGAUCUCAUGUAACACAUAAACAAUCCAUGCCUUUCAUAGUUUAUCCAAGUCUAAACAAAACUGCAGUUUCUUAGGUGACAGACCUUUUGUUUACAGACAGACGAAGAUGACCCUAAAAUGCUAGAAGCUGUCUAGGUCCGAUGGGUCAGGUUUAUCCCAGAUUAGAUGUGCCAAUAACCGAGUUUAUUCAGUAAACAACUUGGAUCUUGUACUUGUUUCACCUGGUUUUAUUACUCCGCCCGUAAACAGCAACGACUCCCGAUCGUCUGGAAAUACUUAAUGCUUACAAUCCUGCUUUGUGUAUCUGACUUAAUCCGUUACCAGGUAGUACUGAUUUUAGCAUAUUAAUGUGAAAUUUCUUCCUCGUUCGCUUUGGUCUGCGUCCAAUCCGGAAAGCUUCCAAGAGUUCCCUGACAAGUCCUAAAUAUACGUGAAUUGUCAUUAUUUGGGGAAGAAAAUCUGUAUUUUUGUUAGUUUACAAUAUUAUGACAUUUCACCCCAGAAAAACCUGUUGGGCUUCUGAUGCUUCGUUUUCUUUCUUCGUUCCUUCCUCCUUGUGUUUUUUUAAGUUGAUUUUUUUUUUCUUUUACUUGAAAAGAAGCGUUUUAUUUCCAAAUCUGGUCCAUAUUUACAAUCUAGUUCAGAGCCAAGCCUUAAAUUGUACAGAAUUUCCACUGUAAUUAAAGUAUUUAGUGUUUAGUUAUAAAUAGCCUUCAAAAAGAUAUAUUCUCCAUUACACUGUCAACUGCAUCACACAGCCCAUGGUGAAUGUAUGUUUCUGCAUAGCAAAAUAAAAAUGGUAAAUGCAUUUAAAGCUCUAA